AUGACAGCCGCGCUGCACCUCCAUAGGCACAGGCUGUCCCGCAUCACCCCCUGCCUCUACCUCAGCGAUGGCGUGGCUGCGGGCAACGCGCAGCUCCUGGCUGCCAACCGCAUCACCACCGUCAUCAACGUCUCCCUUGAGUUGGCCAACAUGUUCCACCCCGGCAUCGAGUACCUGCGCAUCCCGGUGGCCGACAUCCCCACAGCCCGCAUCUCUGCCUGCUUCAACUCCGUUGCCGACUUGAUCCGCAGUGUGGGUGAGCGCGGGGGCCGCACGCUGGUGCACUGCGCAGCCGGGGUGAGCCGCUCAGCCACCGUCUGCAUAGCCUACCUGAUGAAGCACCACGCCAUGUCGCUGGCCAGUGCUCACGCCUGGGUCCGCUCGUGCCGGCCCAUCAUCCGGCCCAACAACGGCUUCUGGCGGCAGCUCAUCCACUACGAGUAUUUGCUGUUCGGCAUCAACACCGUCCGCAUGGUCCACUCGCCCUUCGGGAUGAUACCUGAUAUUUAUGAAAGGGAAGCUAGGAUGAUGAUGAUGUUCUGA